AUGGCUACCCCAGCAGAUGAGCCGGGUCAACCACCCAAUCUUACAACACUUUCACUUGCCGACCAAGCCCCCUCUCAACCCGUUGAACAAAAAAUCACACCGUUCGAGGUAUCUGGUGGUGUAGACGCAACAGGUAAACUAUUGCCAGUUGACUAUGACAAACUCACACGACAAUUUGGAGCCACUCCCAUCACGGCCGAGCUCCUUGAGCGAUUUGAGAAAGUGACUGGCAAGAAACCACACCGCUUCAUGCGGCGAGGCAUUGUCCUAUCACACCGAGAUCUCACCAAAAUCCUGGAUAGAUAUGAAAAGGGCGAGCCGUUCUAUCUCUAUACAGGACGAGGGCCGAGCAGUGACAGCAUGCACGUCGGCCAUUCGGUCCCCUUCGAAUUCACCAAGUUUCUCCAGGACGUCUUCGACUGCCCGCUCAUCAUCCAGCUCACCGACGACGAGAAAUACAUGCACUCCUCCGACAAACUCAAGGUCGAAGACUGCCAGAGAUUCUCUGUUGAAAACGCCAAGGACAUCAUCGCCAUCGGCUUCGAUCCCGCAAAGACAUUCAUCUUCUCCGAUUUCGGCUUCAUGGGCGGGCCGUUCUACGAGAACGUGACACGCAUGGCGACGAGAAUCACCAUCAACCAAAUCAAAGGCACGUUCGGGUUCAACGACAGCAACAACGUCGGCGAAUUCUUCUUCUGCUCCAUCCAGUCGGCAACCGCCUUCGCGACAUCCUUCCCGCACAUCUUCGGCACCGGCCCUGGCGUGCGCAACAUCCCGUGCCUGAUUCCGUGCGCGAUUGACCAAGACCCAUACUUCCGGCAAUGCCGCGACAACGCCGAGAAAAUGAAGUACAAAAAGCCUUCGAUCAUCCACUCCAUCUUCCUCCCCGCGCUGCAGGGCCCGGGGUCGAAAAUGUCUGCGAGCGUCGACUCGUCCGCGAUCUUCCUGACCGACACGCCGAACCAGAUCAAGAACAAAAUCAACCGCUUUGCCUUCUCCGGGGGCCAGGACACGGCGGAGAAACAGCGCGAGCUAGGUGGCAACACCAAAGCGGAUGUGCCGUUCCAGUACCUGACCUUCUUCAUGGAGGACGACGUCGAGCUCGCCCGCAUCAAGAAGGCUUACGAGUCUGGCGAGAUGAUGACUGGCGAGAUCAAGCAGAUUUGUAUUAAGUAUUUGCAGGAGUACGUCGCACAGUUCCAGGUCAGGAGGAAGGCGGUAACAAAUGAGAUCAGGGAGGAUUUCUUCGCGAAGAAGCCGCUCCAUUAUAAAGGCAAUCCUAACCCGGUACAGGCCCAGAAUAAAUAG